AGUCUGAUUACAAUGUAUUAGAUUCAAUAACAAGUUCCCUGUACAAUAUAAAUGAUACUGAUAAUAAUAUUAAUCACUUUAAUAAUAAUAGUAACAAUAUAGACGAAAUGGAUUCAAGAGAUAAUCACAUGGUGGAACGUAAUAAUCAUCAUGAAUUAAUGAAUAAUGAAAAGUCACCAUUCAUACAAUUUAAUUUCAUUAAUUCAUCUCUUACUCAAUUGGAAAAUAAAUUAAGUCGUAUUUCACUGGAACUUGAAGAAAUGGAAACAAAUGAACACCUUAGUGAUGAAUAUAUCAAAGAAAUUGACAAUAUUUUUCAAUUAUUACUUUUGAUUAAAAAAGAUACUUCACAAAUUGAUUACAUAAUAUCAAGUUGGAAUAUGAACAGAUGUUUAUCAGAGAGUGAUGAUUAUGUAACUCCUAGUACUAUAACUAUUUUAUAUAAUGAGUAUACUGAUCUAUCACAGUUAACUGGAAAAGUAGAACCUACGUUAGAAAUAAGUCCAGAAGAGAAUUAUCAGGGUCAUAUUGCUACACGUUUAUCAACAUUGAAAUGUUUACGUGCUGACUUGAUGAAACGCUGUGAUAGGUUAGUUGAACGCCUAGAGAAGCAAACAAGCAAUUCUGCAGUAAAUGUAAAUGAAGAACUUGAUUUUAUCAGUCAGAAUUUAGUUUCACUUGCUCAUAAGCUUGACGAUCCUGACAAUAAUGACUCAUCAAAUGAUACUGGUCUGUCAACAAUUGCCGAUAAACUAGAGAAACGGAUUACCGAUUUACAAGAAAUUCAAAAAGAAUUCACAUAUAUUGAAGAGAAUUUACAAAGGUUAAAGUGUACACCAGCAACGGAUUCACUAUCUUGCAAAUCUAUUGCCAAACUUGAUUGUAUUGAAAGUGAACUAAAUGACAUGCAAAUUAAUUUACGAAACCAGAUAAUAUAUUUGAAUAAUUUUCACGAACAAUACAGUAAUUUAACAACUGCUCUUCAAGAAGAAUUCAGUUGGAUGAAACAACAAGAGAAUGACUUAAAUCUAAACAAUAUACGGUCAGAAUCAAAUGGUCCACAAGCGAAUAAUAAUUAUGAUAAUAAUACUGGCCAUCUAGAACAAGAUAUCACUGUUUUACACAAUCUUAUUGUCAAAUUAUCACAAUAUUAUCACCAUAAACUUUUACCAAUGUUGGAAAAUUAUGAUAAAUUAAUGAGCGAUGGUGUUAGACCACCAGGAAUAAUUACAUCUAUAUACAAUGCUGAAGAUAAUGUAUACCUAUCAGUGAAUAUUCUUAAUUUAUGGGAUAGAAUAACUAAAGAGUUAAUGCCAAGAAAAUUCCAUGAAUUGAUUGCUAGAUCAUAUGAACAAAUAAAUAGAAACUUAACAUCAACUUUUCAUUGUCUACCGACUUUACAAUCAUUUGAACUUUUAUUUCCAAAUGGUAAUUUACCCAACUCGAAUUCUCUUCAUUGUCACGUAAAUAUCAUUUCAGAUCAUAUCAAUAUUAUUCAAGGUGAAAUUGACUGGUUGCAUAAAUAUAUUGAACCAAUCAUUAUGAAUGAAGAUCGACUUAAUUUAUUUACAGAUACUAUUACUAAUACUACUGAUACUACUAAUAUUACUAAUAAUGAAAAUAAUAUUGGAAUCAGUGAUCAAAUUGUAAAAUUCUAUGAAGUUAAUCAACAUCUAACACAAUUACUUAGUUAUUUUACACAAAUUUAUCAACAAUUAUCUGUUUUCUACAUACCGACUAUGGACAGAUAUCAUCAGACAAUUGAUCAUGCGUUGACUUACAUUAAUACUAUUCAAAAUCAAGUAGAAUUACUUCGAGAACUGGCAAUAUCUAUCAAGGUUAGUGACAAGGAUGAUAAGGAGGAUUGUGAAAGUACUAAUUACGACGAUGAACAAAAUGAAAAUGUAGAAUGUGCUCUAAUUACUUAUGAAAAGUUAGAAAAUCUAUGUACUGGAAAACAACAGUGUUUGGAACUAUUGGAAAAUGUUCAAAAUAAUCAUCGAGCUAUUAUUGAUGAACUUGUAAAUAUGGUCAAACAAAUUCAAAUUUCAAUUGAUGAAGUGAUAAAAUCCACUGACAACAGUCAAGAUUAUUCAAAGACGAUGACGUCAGCAAUGCCAGUCAACACAAUAACAACCAGUACUUAUUUGUCAAAACUACUGGAUCCGAUUGAAUCAACAUCACAAAGAUUUCUGUAUUUUAUUUCAGAAAUUCAAAAGAUAAUCUCUGAAUAUGAUCAGUUGAUUAUUCAUACAAGUACAAGACAAAAGUUAGUGCCUCAAGAAUUAUCUGUAAAUGAGAAUACACUGGAUACAUUAGAUAUGCAUGGUUCGGAAUUGUUUCAAGACGCUUGUAUACCAUCAGUUAAUAAUUAUCAACACCAUUUUAAUGAAUUCGACAAACAAUAUGAAGAAUUAUUAAAUGAAUCUUUGACAAAUUCUUGGUCAGUUGUUCGUGAUUAUUCCCAUUUGAAUGAUGAGAAUCAAUUGAAUGGACAAACACUACUAGUCAAUAAUUUAUCUCAAACAAUUAUUCACAGUGGUGAUUCCAAUGAAAGACAUAAUACAGAAUUAAUAAUUCUGAACAAUAUCUUAAAGAAAAUAGAUUGUUUAGAAAAUAAUCUUAAAUUAUCCUGUUGUAAUAUAAUGAAUGAUGAUCUGGUAAGGAAUAGAGUGAAUCAAGUGAGCGAAUUACGGUCUGAUGUAACUGAAAAAUUAAAUCAAACAAUUAAGGAAAUUGAACUAGUGCGAAUGAGCAGUCAACAAAUAGAAUAUGCUCAAGCGAAGUUGAAUGCUAUAAAAUCUACAUUUAAACAAUCAAGCGAUUUAUUUCAACGUAGCGUAUUCUCUCAAAACGAGGCUGAAUUGGUAACUAAUAUAUUUGAAACAUGUGGUCAUUUAAUUAAAAAACAAUUAUCUGAAACAAAUCAAGUAAUUGACAAGCUUCAAGAAUUAACUGAUGAAACAAAUUCUACUAAUCCAGGUCGUUAUUUACUACAGAAUUUUAACUUUGAUGAUGAAAAUGACACAUUUCCAUCUGAAAUUGCGCAUAUUGAAAAUAACCAAUUGGUAGAUUCAAUAAAUUCUGAACAAAAUAACAUAUCUCUAACAUAUUUUAAUAUUCCUUUAUGGUAUGAACAAACUAAGGUAAAUGAUGAAGUGAUCAAUUUUCUGGAACAUAUAAAAAAUCAACGUGAACAACUAUUAUUUAGUUAUGAAUUAUCACAACGUCUUGCUAUAUGGUUAUCAGUAAUACAUCCUAGAAUGACCAAAUUGAAAGUGAAAUUUCAACACUUAAGUGUUAAGUCAGCUAAUUUAAGUGGCAAUAAUGAUCUGUGCUCACAUUUACAUGAUGUAACCCUGUAUCGACUUGAACUUUUCUCUCAGCUACCAAUGUUUCAGUGUAUCCUCAAUGACGUCAAUGAAUUCAAAGAUGUAAUAUUCCAUUUAAGUGAAGAUUAUACAUCAGACAAUAAAAUCGAUCGUAUUGAACAAACAUUUCUGGCCUGUUUCAAUAAAUGUGAACAUGAAACUUCAUUACAUAGAUCAAUUAUUCAUUACACUGAACAGAAAAUAAUGACAAUUAUAAAUGAUUUUAAUAACAUUCUUACAGAAUCAUCUGUUUAUCUAUCAGCUAUAAGAAAUCGACUCAUUGAAACAAAUCAGAUUUCAACAGUUCUAAAUGAAUUGUCAAAUUUGCUAGAUGAAUUCAGUUGUUUAGAUGAGAGAUUUGUAAAAGAUUGUAUGAUAGACGAAGAAGAAUUGCCUGUUCAUUGUACAGAAAACAAUUUAUCCCCUGUAAAAAACGUAUAUUUAAAUAACUGGACGAAAGUAAAAAUUCUAGAGAUGUGGCAUAAUGAAUUAAAAUCUAUACAAACUCAACUUAAAACUAUUUCAAAUGAUCGUUGCUUCGAUACUGUUACUGCUAAUAAUAAUAAUAAUAAUACUGACAAAAUGAAGAUCGAGAAUGAUGUAAAACAAUUGAAACUGAAAAUUGAACAACAAUCUUACCAUUUAACAAAAAAGAAAACUGAACUGAUCAAUAAAAUAAAUCAGGAAAAUAAACUACAAUCUUCAAUUACUGCUUAUUCUGUUUGGUUAAAUCAACUGAAUGAUAAGUUAAUAAAACUUGCUAAACCAAAUAAUUUAACGUUGGAUACAGUGAACAGUACAUGGAAAGAAUUUAAGGAUUGGAAUUUAAAAUCACUAAAUGAAAGCAAAUUACGUAUAAAUAAUUUAAUAAAACAAUUACCUAAUUCAAUAUUCGAUGAUAUUUUUAAACAAGAUAAAUCAUUAUUUACAAAUAUUGAAGAUUACAUUUUAAAUAAUAUGAAUGUAUUCAAUGAAUUAUAUCAUCAAAAUUCAUUAUUAUUAUCACCAUCAUCAUCAUCAUCAUUAAGAAACAACAACAAGAUUAAAUCUCAUUUAGAAUUAACUAUUCUACGUAUAUUAAGACAAUAUAUAAAAUUUCAAUUACAAAGUAUAGAAUCAAUGAAAUUAUGGAAAGUUCAUUUGAAAUUUAUAAAAUACUUUAUCAUAAAUAGAAAACAAUUACAAUUAUUAUUUAAUGAAAUUCAUGGUAGUUUAUCAAAACUUUAUAGACCAUCAAAAUUAGUUGGAUGUUGUACAGAACAAUUAAAUAGUGUAAAGAAUGCUAUUCACCAACUGAAAACACAUGAAAGAUUAGCAAUUAAUCUUUAUAAUUCUCUACCAUUAAUCAAAUCUCUAUGUCAUCCUAUAGAAGUAUCACAAACAGUAGCUACUAUUAAUACAAUGAAACACAAUUUUACAAGUCUCAUGCGUCGAGCAAUAGAACGGCGAAAAAUUCUCACUCAAGCAUUGAAAGAAGAUACUAAGUUUGAUGUAGCGUAUUAUAGUUUAUUAAACUGGUUCUUAACCAAACUGGAGAUACUCGAGGCCUUUGAAACACGUACAGUAUAUGAUGAAAACAGUCAGUUGUCACUUAAAACUUUGCAUAGAGAAUUUCAUGAACAACAAUCGGAUUAUCAUUUGGUGAUGAGAAUGGGCAGUAAUCUACGUGAACGUUGUACAUGUACAGAUCCAGAAAAGAAUAUUCUAAAUGAGAUGCUUGAAAAACUUCAACUUGUCAAAGGAAAUUAUGGGAAACGUCUGUCGAAGUGUCAAAUUCAACUUAGUGAAAUGUUAAUUACAAAACGGAAUCCUAAAUCCGCUCUAUCUCGCUUAAAUGAAUGGUUACAAAUGAUCGAAGAACAUUUAGGCAUUGAAAAUACUCUUAACAUUAAACAUAUUACUAAUACUGAUACCACUACUGUCAGUAGUUCUAUUAAACCAUCAGGAAAUGAUCAAAGUGAAACUGACAAUUCAAAUCACUUAUUAUCAACUAAUGUUAUAAGAUUGUUGGAUAAUUUAGCUAAUCCAGCUCAGUACACGAUGACUAUUUUCAACUCUAAAGAGUAUGAAAACAUUGCUUCUGUUUUGGGUGAUAUAAUUUUUGUUCAGUCAUUAAAUUCAAAUCAUUUGAUUUUAGCUGAAGAUUUACGAGAACAUGAAAAAUUAUAUCAGAUACUUGUAAAAAAUGAUCACAACAAUAAUGAUGAAUUCAAUAAACUUACAUAUCGUUUUAUACGAUUAAAACAAGCGUUCAAUCUACGUGAAAAAUGUCUUCAAAUCGCUGCCGAUGCUGCCUUAGAACUAAAUAAAAACUAUUCGAAUUUAAUUAGUUGGUUAUUAGAAGUAACCAAUAAAUUGAAUAAUAACGAAAUUGAACUUGCUUACGUUAUUAAAAAUAAGGAAACUGUCUUACAAAAACAAACAUUGUUUUUCCACUCCGCUGAUCAAUACAAAAUUAGAUUGAAUAUGUACGCAAAAAUACAUCAUCAACAAAUCCACAUAUAUCGACCAAUAUUCAAUCACUUUGAAAAUGUAUUAAAACGUGUACUUGCUAAACCACAAGUAGAUAAACAUGAAGAACAGAAUGUUUCUGUUUACUGUUACUCGAAAUGUCGAAGGCAAUUCAUUAUUCAAUAUAAACAAAUUGUGAAUUUAUGGCAUAAACUCGAUCAAAGUUUAAAAUGUUUGCGAAUCCAAUUAUUGUCACAACAACAAUCGGAACAUGCACUCAUCCGUGACUUAAUUGAAUUCGAAUGUGAAGAACAAUGGGUUGAUGAACAAACACUACAACUGAAUGAAUUAUUGACAGUAGAUGAAACGAUUUUCCAAAAUCUAUCUAAACAAAUAAUCCCAAUUGACUUGAUUGGAUCGACUGUGGAACAAGAUACUCAAGUAUUGGCGAAUAUUAAUUGUAGUAAUAGUAGUACUAGUUUAAUUUUGGAUUCAGGAUGUGAUCAUGUAAUUCAUAAUACAAGUAGUUGUGAGUUGAAAGAAUGCGUUUCUAACUCAGUAAAUCAUGGCGAUCAUGAAGAUGAUGAUGAUGAUGAUAAUGUUGCGGAUGACCAUGACUAUGAUAUUGAUGGUUCGGUUGAUGAGGGAAUAUGUAAAGAUUUAGAAGUGCGAAUCACUUUUGCAAAAGAAAACUUUGAAGCCAUAAAAAAUAGAGAACAGAAAAUCUGUGAUUGUAUGAAUGCUUAUCGAAACCUUUGUGAAAUUAUUACUGAUAAUGGAAACAGUAGUAUAAAUAAUCUCCCUUCUAUUGAUGUUACUGCACAAUAUUCACCAAGAAAGGAAAUGGUCAAUGAAAAUUAUAAUAAUGAUUAUUCCUACUCACCUUUUACUACUGUUGCUGAUCAGGAUAAUUGUGAUAGAGCAAACAAAUUGAAAACCUCUUAUUACAAUCUACUGAAUCAGUCUAGUCAACGAAUUAAACAAUUGGAAUGCUAUCAUAAAAAAUUACUUGAGCACAAUCUUUUAGUUCAUUUCAAUUUCGAUCUGUGGAAGCAGGGGUACUUACAGUGGAUUGCAAAUCGUCAUUAUCGACUAAGUGACAUAUUUAACCCUAAAGCCUUAUCGGCAUUACGAACUGACAGACAGCUAUCAAACAUAUCCACCAAUACAGAUGAAGUGAAUUCUGAUUUAUUCAAACGUCCAACACGAUUAUCUAAUGUAUCUACGAAUUCUCAGUCAGUUUAUACUUCGUCUAAUAAUAUCAAACCCCAGUUAUCUAACAGUCGUUCAUCUCUCAUCCGAUCGAGUCGUGAAUCAUUGCAACCGCUCUCUGAUAACAAACAUAAACAAAAUGUCAGUCAUAAGCCAGAUGAAGUAAACUGUUCACAAUUUAUACAAGCAGUUCUACAUGGUAGACCAACACAUGAUUGGGCAAAUCCUAUUUUCAUCAAGUCUGCAUUUUAUACAAUUGACCAAGCAAAAAAGGGCAUAGUUACAUGUCAUCAGAUUAUUGAAGCAUUAAGUCCGAAAAAACAGCAUAAACCUGUACCAACUGAUAAAUUAAUUGAACAUGCAAUAGAACAAGAAACUAGUAAAUGUAUUUGUCAACCAAAAUUUCAACCGAGAAAAAUUGGAAAGGAUCGAUAUUGUUUUGGAUCCAGUUCACGAGUUUACUUGGUUCGCUUCUUGAAUAGUACAACGAUUGUGCGAGUAGGAGGCGGAUGGAUGAGUUUAAAUGAAUUCUUGGAUUCACGUGAUCCAUGCAGAAAUGUAGACAAAAUUAUAAGCUUGAAUCUGUAAUGUCUUAUAAUUGAUAAAUCAAUGGAUAUCUAUCCUUUCCACCUUCCUGAUCGUUGGGUUAUUUUGUGAAUUGACUAACUUACCCAUAAAACAAGUCAUUUUGGUAGUACACCUAUAAAGCCUAAUCUGAUGAAUACAAAUUCCACAUCAAAACGUGAAAGUAAUUUAGGAUUAAUUAAUGUAACUCCAAUUAAUAAAUCACGUCUUACUACACUAAACAAUAUGAACUCUAAAGAACAAAGAUCAUUUGUAUCAACUCCUUUAACAAAUAAGGACUGUGACAUGAAAUCACUGAAUUCAUCAUAUGAGAAUGAAGCAUCAAUCCAUAACAACUCUUCAUUACUAAAACAAACUGUUCCAACGAAAACUACCAUCUUCAACAGGGCUACCACUAUACGGACAAGUACUAAUAAGAAGAUAAACAAAUGAUCAUCUGUAAAUUGAAUUCGAACUCACUAAUCCAUCCCUGUGAACAAACAAUCUUUUUUUUUGUUUUGCAUUUUUUUUUUUAAAAAAAUUUUCAUAAAUGGAUUACAUAACAUCUUUAUUGCUUAAUUAUUAUUCAGCAUUCUGUUUUGUUUGUUUGUUUGUUUGUUUGUUUGUUUUCUAAUUUUUGCAUAAACAAUUUUAUCAUAGUUCUUCAUGUUUACCCCCGGUUUGUUUAUAUCAAUUAUUCUAAUCUAAUAAGCUAAGAUCAAUUUUUUUUUUAAAUUUUUAAUCGUUUUCAUGUUCCUUCUCAUGAUUUGAUGUUUUGGAAGUUUUGAAUGGUUAAAAAUUUGUUACUUUGCAAAUUGCUAGCAAACUAUGGACGGUUCAACAGUUUGAGGAAAUUUUUUUUUACUAGUGUUCACAUUCGUUUCUUUUCUUUUCUUUUUAUUUUUAAAAAAAAAAUGUUUUCCAUAUCAUUCCAUUAAGGUUUAUUUUAUUAAAUGCAGAUAAGUGAGAUUUUCUCAGAUCAAUUAAAUACUGUUGUGUUUAUGACUAAAUUAGUUUCUAAAGAAUAACUAAUUAAUUUUUACAAUUUAUUUUUGUUUUGUUAAAUUUAUCGCUUUAGAAUAAAAAUUUGCUUUAGUGUUU